AUGUUGAAAAACCUGUGUACCAUCAACAACCAUUUCAAAAAAUUAUCGGGCAGUCAUGUUAACCUUCGUUUUUCUGUAAUACCUAACACAAUUACCAACUCGGAACGACUGCCCAAAACUAACAAUAAUUUAAUGCGAUUAUUUUCAACAACAGUCCGAAACCUCUCCAAUAGCACAACAUCCAAAUCGAUACGAUAUAAAUUAAUAUUUCAAUACAAAGGAACAAAUUUUGAAGGUUAUCAAAAACAAAAUAACAAGGGUCAAGCAAGAGGAAAUACUGUUCAACGAAACAUUGAGGAAGCUCUCCACAAAUUCUUUAAUACAAAUUCAAUUUAUGUUGUGGGAAGCUCUCGAACCGAUGCUGGAGUCCAUGCUCUUCACAAUACAUGCCACUUUGAUGUAGAUAGAGAAAUAAUUGAGAGAAGAAAAAAUCAUUCUCUAAAAAGCAUUGUUUUUGGUGUAAAUUCUUACCUGAGAGACCUAGAUAUUGUGAUUUGUGCAUGUGAGCAAAAAGACAAUACUUUUCAUUGUCGUCAUAAUGUCAAAGAACGAGAAUAUCAAUAUAGGGUUCUACUUGUUGGACCAAAACCAGAUAUUGCUUACAGAGUACCUUUCAUACAAGACCAGUUUUACCUCGUGAAUGGUGUACCGAUCUCUGUGGGUGAAAUACCUGAUUUUAGUGGGACUCCCAUGUCUCUAGACACACAUUUCAACAUUGAAGCUGUGCGAGAGGCAUGCUCAUAUUUUGUUGGAACUCAUAAUUUUAAUAAUUUUUGUAGGUCUGAUCUUCCCGAGAGAAUAUCUCGGAUGAAGACAGUUCAUUUGGUUGAAGUACAAGAACAUUCGAUUGGACAGGAUCAGACAUUGAGCCCGUUGCACUUUUCGGCUGCAAAAUGUCGAGAAAUAAGAUUUGUGAUUCGUGGAAAAUCAUUUCUUCACAAUCAAGUCCGAAUCAUGGUGGAUGCUUUGAUUAAGGUUGGUCUGAACAAGAUCUCACCGUAUCGAAUCAGGAGUGCACUUGAGAAUCCUUAUAUUAAGUUCCCUGAAAAGGGAUGCGUUCCUCCUCAUGGUCUAUAUCUAACAAACGUUGUGUACAACACCCCUGAAAAUAAUCCAAGCGAAGAACAUUCAGAUCACGAAGACGACGAAGAGGGUUCUGAAUAA